AUGCCUAACCUGCCCAGGACCAAUUUCAGCUUUACCACCUUUAUGCUGACUGGUUUCCCAGGUCUGGAGUGGGCUCACUGCUGGAUCUCUCUGCCCAUCUUUGCAGGCUACCUUGUGGCUGUCCUGGGCAACAUCACCAUCCUCCACCUGGUGCGCACUGAGAUCUCUCUGCACCAGCCCAUGUACUACUUCCUGGCGAUUCUGGCAGUGACAGACUUGGGUCUGUGCAUGUCGACUCUGCCCACCGUGCUGGGUGUACUGUGGUUUGAUGCGCGGGCCAUUGGGCUGGUGCCCUGCAUUCUCCAGCUGCAUUUCCUCCAUUCCUUCUUUUUUAUGGAGUCUGCUGUCCUCUUUGCCAUGGCCCUGGACCGCCUGGUGGCCAUUCGCUUCCCACUGCGCUAUUCCAGCAUCCUCUCUGGCCCCCGCGUGGCCCUAGCUGGGGCAGUGCUGGGUUUGAGGACUGCUGCUAUCACAGCAGCCCCCUCGCUCCGCCUCUUCACUUUCCAGUACUGCCGCCCGGGGGCCCUCUCUCAUGCCUACUGUGUACACCAGGACAUGAUCCGGCUUUCCUGCUCUGACACACGCUUCAAUAGCAUCUAUGGUCUGUGCGUUAUCAUGUUGGCCAUGGGCUCUGACGUGCUCUUUAUCCUGGUCUCCUACACAGUUAUCCUCUGCACCGUGCUCUCCAUCGCCUCUGCCAAGGAGAGACUCAAAGCCCUUAACACAUGUGUGUCCCACAUCCUGGCUGUGCUGUGCUUCUAUGUGCCUGUGCUCGGCUUGUCCAUUGUUCACCGCUUUGGGCGCCAUGCUUCUCCUGUUGUGCAUGUGCUGAUGGGCACAGUCUCAGUGCUCUUCCCACCCUUGAUGAACCCUGUGAUCUACAGUGUCAAGACCCAGCAAAUCCGUCGAGCCAUCCUCAAGGUGGUCUCUUUGGGGAAACUCCGAUGA